AUGGAAUCCGACAGCAAGCGAGCAGUACUAAACGCAAUUCCAACAGGAUUCCAACCAGAGGACCCAUCGAAUGACAUUUUCGAGACGAUUGUCGCCAGAAAUAGUAUGGGAGAGGCCUUAAACUGUUAUCAUAUAACCACAGCUGAAGUCGACCGACGUUCGAAUGGAGUGGAGAGGCUCAAUAGUUCCAGCUUGGCGACCACUCUGAGAAGAACAAAGCAAAAAAAUGGUGGGGAGACGAUGCGGCGUCAGAUGAAGGAGAAAGAGAUCCCAGUGAAUCUUUACCACCGACAAGAAGUGUUCCCCAACAAGAUCAUUGCGUUGUCCGAAGCAGAAGCCGUCCAUAUGGCCAAAGAUUUGGAGAAAAUAGUGAAAGACGAUUAUCCAGUGAAAGAGAUCGCAAGGGAAGUCGCAAAUGAGGUGAUGGAGGAUGGCUCGGUGGAUAUUGAACAAUUUUUUAAUGCGGACGGAUUCAAGGAAUGCAUGGAAGCACUCGGAGGCGUACUGUCUGCAGUGGUACCACCAAUCACUGGAAUUUGUGCAAAGGCGUCGAAAAAUGAGGAAUUGAAUCUUGGAAUGGAGAAUUUUUCCCAGGCAACUCAUGGAUUCGGGAUAGUGGUUCAACCGAUAUGGAUGCGGGCGUUGACAGAGAUUGGAGAGGGAAUUAGUAAGAUUGUCAAAGAUGAGAUAGGGGUGACAGAGGAAGUGGUGAGCACAGAGACACCAAAAAUUGCUGAGCAGGCGCCAAAAAUUGCGGAGGAGAAGGCAACGAAUAUCGCAGACGGAGCAGAGGCGGAAUCGGAGGAGACUGUGGUGGUGGUUGAUUAA